GACUGCAGGAGAGAGAGUUAGGAGAGAUGUUUUCGAAUGGCAUGUGGGAAAAGGACCUUUGGCACAUCUGUCCCUUCUUUUAAAGUGUUGGUGCACUUAUAAUAAUGGUACUUGUAAUUAAAAUAAUGAUGGUGAGUGAUGAUGACAUGUUACCCAACAGAUUCUCAGGAGGAGAAGGAAUUCAAGAGACUGAGAAGCAGACGAAUCUAGACCUACCAGAAGAGAGGCCUUGGGAAGGAAUGUCCGAGCUCACUAGGCCUGACCAAAAGCAGCAGAUCCCGGGGUGAAGAGGAGGCAAGGAUGAAACCAGUGUUUUCAAGACCUAAGGAACAGAGACAGCAGGAUUGGGAUCGUGACAACAGGUCCAUAAUUUGGAAAAAGGAACCUCGAUACUUGAAGUCAGAAGUGAAAUUCAUAGACUUAAAUAAGGAUGCCUCAAACAAUGAUAGUUUUUACCCAGUGCCACCGUGUUGUCAGUGUUCCUCUCGGCAGCUCAACUUUGGAGGCUUCUUACCUGUGCCCAGGGAUGAAGCAAACUUCCCUUACUGGGUCCCUCGGUCUCUGAGACCCCAGAAGCUGGUCCGGAGAAAAUUCCAAUCAUGUUACCCAAAAAGUCCCAGGACUUGUACCUGUGCCUGUCACACCUUUGGGGGGCAACUCCCUGUCCCAAGAGACCUUGCUACAUUCCCUUAUUGGGUGCCUCGAUCCGUCAGGUUCCCAGGGAAGACACAUAAGACCACAUCAGAUUUCAUAUGGACCAAAAGCUGUAUCUCCGGGGGCUUCCGGAUCUUCUACCACCAAUGGCGCAUUUGCUGCAAUGAGGAGCGACUCCGCAGGUGGCAGAUGAUUCAGGCUCAGCUACAAGUGACUGCGCCUCAGACCCAGGAGGAGGAGCAGGAGCAGGAGCAGGAGAGCAACGGGCUGUUUUUCCUUUCUCCUGGGCUUGUCAUUGGCUCUUUUUACGGUCUUGUAAUGAUCGUGAUCUCAGUUUUUCGCUUCUUCUUCAGAUGCUGAGUCCAGAUGCUGAGUCCUUCUCAGCAGCACCUAAGGAUAAUUUAACAUCAGUAAUAAUCAGGAAUUUUUCAAAAAGCAGAACGAGAUCCCGAAGAAGCAUGAAGUGGACUAUUUUUUUAGAGUAAUUCUUCACUCUCAAAUUCAAUACAGAUUACAUUUUAGUAGUCAUUAUUAGGGUGGCUAUUUAUUGUAUAUUUGUAGGCAUUGAUUGUGGAUGUUCUAUUAUUAUUGCUGAUGAUAAAUAUUAUUUGAUGAAACUGUGA